UGUGCGCGCGUGUGUGCUCUGCUACAUAGCGCGCCCGCGCGCGCGACUCCGUUUUCAGUCUGUGUUGGUCGGUGUGCUUGCCUGCGCUCGCUCUCUGCCAGUCUCAGCAGCAGCAGCAGCAGCACUAUAUACUUCGUGCUCCGUUCGUGUGUGCAUGUGUGCGCGCCUCCUCGCCUGGCACAGCAGCACCGCGUACUAGUACUAUAUACCAGCGUGUCUGGCGGUGGUAGUGGUAGUGGCUGUUGCGGUGGUGGUGGUGGUGGUGUUGGUGUGCGCGGCCGCGUGCGUGUGCCUCGGUGUGCGUGUGCCACACCACGACGGGUCGAUGAGACAAGCUCGAAGCAGUGGCGGCGGCAGCAGCAGCAGCAGCAGUGGGCGGAUCGCCGGCGCGCCUGGACAUCUCAGCAGCGACGGCGGCGGCUACGGCGGCUCUACGGUGACGACGACGACGACGACGACGACAACGACUACGACGGCGCGCGGUCAACACCAACAACGGCCAACAACACAGCGGCAGCGGCGUUAUAGUACGACGACCCGGGGCUCCGCUUGAAAAAUUAAUACGCGCGUCUACAUCAGCGCUAAUUUGAAAAUAUAUACGCAGAGCGAGAGAGUACGAGAGUACGAGAAUUUUUUUCUGUGCCUCGACGACGAUGCAGCAGUAACCAGCAGCAACACCGGUUGUACGUGCGGGUGUGUGCUUGUGAGAUGAAAAAACGUGUGUCGAUUAUUAUUAUAUCGUUGAUGUGAAAACUGUGUGCCGUGUGCGACGAGCUGUGUGCUCGACGUCGACGAACACGGGAUCGAUCUCGCGCUACACAGGCAUGCUGCUAUAUGUAGCGAGAAUAUACAGCAGCAGCAGCAGCAGCAGCGUGGUUUAAUGUGAUUGUGUGUUAUAAAAAAUAAUAAAAUAAAUAAAAGUGGAGUUGUUAAGUGCGCGAGUGUCGACAUCACGACGCAGCCGCCUCAUUUUGUCAAUAUUAUAAAUGAUAAAUAAUAGAGGAGAAUAAAAAAAAAGGAAGCCAACGUGUAAUUGGCUGCAUGCACAGCAGCACAGAGCACUGUGCUCAGUAGUAGAGAAGACGUCGACGACGAUGGCCACGAUGACACAUCCGCUGCCCGGUUGAUUUUCUCGGUUGAUAAGCAGCAGUGUGCAAAGAGAAGUGUGUUGUGUGUAAGAGAGAGAGAGAGAGGGUCCGAGAGUAUAUAUUUAACCUCGAGACGCAGUGCAGCGCGACACGAUAACGACGAUGGCAAAAAUUACAUACGAAUUAUUGCACGUCGGUGUUGUUUAGUGUGCAAGUGUUUUGUAGUUGCGGCAGCAGCAACAACGGCAGCAGUAGCAGCAGUAGUGACUCUUUGCAAGAAAGAGAGAAAAAAUUACAUAACUACGACAUUUUGAUCAGUGGUUCGUUGUUCUGUUUCUUUUUUUUCUUUUUUUUUAUUAUACAUUGUUCAAAAGUUUUGGUUCGUUCCUUGUCGAAAAGUGAAUUUGAUGGUUUUUGAAUGAAUAAAGAGAGAAAGCAAAAAAAAACGUGUGGAUGACUCUCAGGAGCAUCGAUAAAAUCAAUUAUCUUAAAAAAUUAAAUAAAUAAAUAUAAACGAGCUAAACUUAAAAUAAAAAAAAAGCUAAAAUGCAAGUGGCAACGUUGUUUCGUGAGAGUGCUAAUCUGCUAGGGGCCUCGAACAUGGAUCCCACCCCGCAGACACAUCAUCAUCAGAUGCAGAUGCAAAUGCAGAUGCAGCAACAGCAACAGCAACAGCAGCAACAACAACAGCAGCAACAACAACAACAACAACAGCAGCAGCAGCAGCAACAGCAACAGAGCGUCGAUUACGCUCAUCACAUGCAGCAUCAUUACAAAAUGUCGUAUCCGUCACCCGUGUCGAACGGCGGCAACGGCGUGGUGACGAACGGCGUCGCCACGGUGAACUGCUCCGGCGUGCUGGUGAAGCAGGAGGCCCGCGACGACGGCUACGAGACCAGCCCGGACCUGGAGAUGCGCAGCACGGGCGGCGACAGCAGCGCCAGCCAGCAGUAUCACACCCCGCUGACCCCGCACACGCCCCACACCCCUCACACGCCGCACACGCCGCUGACGCCGAUCUCGGCGACGCCGCAUCAGCCCCAGCAGCCCAUCAACGGCGCGGCGGGCGCCGGUAGUGGCUCCAACGGUAACGGGGUGGCGGCGGCGACGCAGGGACAGGCGCAGGGACAGUUGGGACAGGUAUCGAUAAAAUGCGAGACCUCGGUGGAUCCUUACUCGUUCGUCGACGAGGAGAUGACCAUGGCCAGCAUGAGGCCAUCCAGCAGCAGUCCGAGCGACGGCAAUCACUCGUCCGACAUGAUGAUGAGUAAUCAGCAGCAACAGCAACAGGGACCACCUCCGCCGCCGCCACUCGGUAUGGGCUCGCAACAACCGCAGCAGCAUAAUCCACAGCAACAAUUGGGCAAUCCGAUGGCGAAUUCCAUGUGUCCGAGUCCGAUGCAGCAUCCGAUGCAAAUGCAGCAGCAGCAGCAGCAGCAGCAGUUGAUGAACGGAGCGGUGAAUCCACAAUUGGGCCCGGUCCCCAAGAAGCGAGGAAGGAAGAAGAAGUGCGAGAUGAUUCUCACCCCGGAAGAGGCCGAGCUAGCCGAGGCCAAGAAACGAGCGAAAACGUACAAGGAGCGCAAGAAGCACGACAGGUUCGACGGCAUGCCCGAGGAGGAGGUCAGCAAGCGAGUGCUGCCGGAUCAUCUGGCGCCCGAUCUCGACAUCAUCAUCAUUGGCAUCAAUCCUGGUCUGUUCGCCGCUUACAAAGGUCACCACUACGCCGGCCCUGGCAAUCACUUCUGUAAGUCUUCAAAAAAAUCUUUUUCCUUCCUCGUCAAUCAUAUAUCUAUAUAAUACACAAGUAUCAUCACGUGAAAAUUGUCAGAUUGUUUUUGGCUGCUAGCUCUCUAGCGCGCGCAUAAUAUGGAAAACGCAGCUUUUAGCUUGGAGCUAGAUCAUGUGCGGGUGUGCAUAUUACGCAUUAUAUAGUGUAACGCACACAGCUGACUGUGUCGAGCCGCAGCAGCGCCAAGUCCGAGUCGCUGCUUACGCAAUGUAUUUUGGCCGCCUUCGUUAAAUAUGCAUAGCGGAAUGCGUAAUUUUCGGUCUGUGCGAAGAUCGACCAUGAGUCGUCGCCGUCGACGUUUCUGUUGUACACACUUGAAUACGUGCGGAGAGAGAGAGGAAACGCGUUGUCGUAUACACACACUUUAAGGCCAUUACUCGCGCGAUAACAAUGCAAAAUGCGCGCGCGCGAAACUUCAUGCAUAUUUAUACGCAUCGCGAUUAUAAAAAAGCAGCGCGCGUGCGUUACGCAAUUGCGAAAUGAGCAACGCACAGCGGCGCAGCGCGGUACGCGUGCCACAUCGCAGACCAGCGCGCGCGCGCGCGAGCUUUUCUCAUUUUCAUACGGCGAACCCCGUGCGCCUGCGGCUGCUGCGCAGGCAUAUAAGGGUGCAGAGAGAAAAUAUGCGCGAGGGCGCGGGCAAAAUUUUUACUGCGCGGCGUUGCGCGGAGGGUGGCCCAAAAAAAUAAAAAAUAAAAAGUAAAACUCGGCACGCGCCG